GGCCCCGGGCCCGUAGCGAGGCAGCGUCUGGCCCACAAAGGGUUACGCAAGGCAGCACCCAGGAGUGUCACCGCUGCCACCAGCCCUGGCGCUCAGCUCCUUCCUGGUCAGAUUCAGCCGCGGGGGACGAGCCACAACACGCCCAAAGCAGGACAGAGGAAGGGGCUGGUGGCUGCAAAAAAGAGCCGGAGCCAAUCCGUGCCCACGGCCCCUGGGCUGCAGCCGAGGCACCGCUCAGCCUCAGCGCUCGCCCUCCCUCACUUGCGUUGGCAGGUGGCUGCCAUGGAGGAGAUGCUGAUCUGGGAGCAGCACACUGUGACGCUGAGCAAGGACCCUCAUCGGGGCUUCGGCUUUGCCGUUUCGGGUGGCCGGGACCGUCCCAACAGGGUGACUGGGGACACGGCGGUCAUCGUCUCAGAUGUGGUGUCCAGGGGACCGGCGUUUGGCCAGCUUCAGAGGAAGGAUCAAAUCGUGAUGGUGAACGGCCUUUCCAUGGAGAAUGUCUCAUCCUCCUUCGCCAUCCAGACACUUAAGACCUGCGGCAAGAUCGCCAACAUUACACUGAAAAGACAAAAGAAAAUCCACCUCCCCAUGAGCAAGAGCAGCCCUGCAUCCCCUGCUGCGACCCGGCGCUACGACUCGGAUGAGGACUUUGACCCUCGUGGUGUGGAUCCGGCCCUGCGCAGCGCCAGCCAGCACCGCUCCCGAGAUGACCUGGACCACAACCAGGGCUACGACGGGGAUUCGUCCAGCGAGAGGAGCUCUGGUCAUCACCAGGAUGACCGCCGCCACCACAAGUCGUCCCGCAGCCGGAGGCGAAGCCAGGACAGCAGCCACUGGAGGCAGAGCCCCGACAGCGGCUCGGAGCACAGGGGUUACAGCCGGCACCGCUCUGCCAACGGCUUCGGCCACGAAGGGGACACCAACGGGUUGGCACUGGUGUCGGGGUUCAAACGGCUGCCGCACCGGGAUGUGCCGAUGAAACCCAUCACAUCAGUGCUGGUGAAGAAGAAGGAGGAUGAAGAGUACGGCCUGAAGCUGGGCAGCCAGCUCUUCAUCAAGCACAUAGUGGAGAGCGGGCUGGCGGCGAGGCGCAGCUCCUUGCAGGAGGGAGACCUCAUCCUGAAGAUCAAUGGGGUGGCCAGCAAGGACAUGUCCCUGGCUGACACCCAGCGGCUCAUUGAGCAGACGGAGGGGAUCCUGACCCUGCUCGUCCUCCGGGACCACCGGCAGUUCCUGAUCAACAUCCCCAACAUGGAAGACUACCAGAGUGACAGCUCCCGGAUGGACGAUAUCUCCGACAUCGACUCUGACCUGUCCCACCCACCAUCCCCUAAGACCUCCCCACGACUUCCAGCUGCUGCCAGGAUGAAUUCACCAGGAGAGAGGAGACAAUCAAGCAAGAAUGCUGCAAUCAACACGAACAUGGACGAUGCCCUGAGCCAUGACAUGCUGGAAGCUGUGGAACAGGAUGGCCACCACAGCCCCCACAGCAGACCCAGUGCCCGAGCUGCCCCCAAGGACGGGUACAGUCCUGACUCCAGAGUUGUGCAGUUUGUGAAGGCCAGGAGUGUGGGGCUGCAGCUGGCUGGUGGGAACGACGUGGGCAUCUUCGUGUCGGGUGUGCAGGAGGGGAGCCCAGCCGACAGCCAGGGCAUCGAGGAAGGGGAUCAGAUCCUGCAGGUGAACGGCACCAGUUUCCAGAACCUGACCCGUGAGGAGGCAGUACAGUACCUCAUGAAGCUCCCGCCGGGAGAGGAUGUCACCUUGUGGAUCCAGAGCAAGCAGAACAUUUACAGAAAGAUGAUCUCAUCCAACGUGCGUGAUUCCUUCUACAUCCGGACGCAUUUUGACUAUGAGAAGGACACGCCGUCGGGGCUCAGCUUUGCCCGUGGGGACGUCUUCCAUGUGCUGGACACCAUGUACCGCGGCAAGCUGGGGAACUGGCUGGCUGUGCGCAUGGGCAGGGACCUGCAGGAGCAGGAGAAGGGCAUCAUCCCCAACCAGAGCAGGGCCGAGCAGUUCGCCAGCCUGGAGUCUGUGCUGAAAACCACGCCUGGCACCAACCCCUCGGGGGCACGGGCUGAGUUUUGGAAGCUGCGGGGCCUGCGGGGAGCCAAGAAGACGCUGCGGAAGAGCCGUGAGGACCUGUCUGCCCUCACAAAGCAGGGCCACUACCCCCCAUAUGAGAGGGUGGUUCUGAAGGAAGCCAGUUUCAAGCGGCCGGUGGUGAUCCUGGGCCCCAUCACAGACAUUGCCAUGCAGAAACUGAGCAUGGAGCAGCCUGAGCUCUUCGAGAUUGCACCGAGCGUGCCACGAGAUGGGGCAUCGUCUAAGGUCAUCAAGCUGGAUUCAGUGCGGCAGAUUGCUGAAAAGGACAAGCACGCACUGCUGGACAUCACACCCUCGGCGGUGGAGCGCCUCAACUACGUGCAGUACUACCCCGUGGUGGUGUUCUGUGAGCCCGAGAGCCGGCAGGGCAUCAAGGCCAUGCGCCAGUGGCUGGCUCCUGACUCCAGGAAGAGCUCCCGGCGCCUCUACGCCCAGGCCAGCAAGAUGAAGAAAUACUGCAGCCACCUCUUCACUGCUACCAUCACCCUCAGCGGCAGCGGCAACGCCUGGUACGAGGAGAUCAAGAACAUCAUCAGGACGCAGCAGAGCCAGCCCAUCUGGACGGCAGCGGAGCACGUGGACGCGGCGCUGGAGGACGGCCUGGAGCUGCUGAACCCUCCCAGCAGGGCAGCCUCGGGCUACCUGACCUGUGACAGUCACGCCAACAGCGACUACGAUGACACGGAUGGUGAGGGGGGUGCCUACACCGACGGCGAGGCGGAGGAUGCCUACAGCCAUCCUGCACUUUCCCGCUCCUCUGAGCCGGCGCAGACGUAUCCCAGUCAUGGUGUGAGCGAGCAGGUGACAGAUCAGCAGCCACAGGGACAGUGGGCACAGGAACACCUCAGGGAUUACGAGCACGAGGCCGUGAGGAAGAGAUUCACGCGAGCCAGGGAUGACUCAGAUGAGGACGAAGGCUACGAGUGGGGCCCGGCUACAGAUGUGUAGUGAGAUCAGUGUCUGUGCAUGACCCCUGAGCAUCACUGUGUGUCUCUGCCCCACAGGGCCCCUCGGGCCAGUCCUAUCACAGCUCCGUGCCACCAGGGCCGGGUGACAGCCCUGGCAGUGCCACACAACACCCCACAGCUGUGCGGGCUGUGCUCGCACCACCAAGUGCCUCCUUCCCCUGCUUCAUCCACUGCCUCAGGAUGAAAUAAAGGGGACGUUUUGAAUAGGA